AUGCUUGUUACAAGGCAAUACGACACGGAACAUAGCCGUUGGCCUUUCAGCAGAUACGACCCAUCUCGUAACACGCCCAGUCCUCGCAUGUCGAACCCUUACGAUGUCAAUGUCGAUCUGCCGGCACCUUCGAGCUGGCAAGGCCAUAACUCUGGUCCUUCCCAUGCAAGUGGCGGAUAUUCUCAACCGUACACUUCGCGAAGUGAAGCCUCGCAGCUUUCCCAUUUGCGUCAGCCGGCAGAAGACAAAGACAAUUCUCUGGGAAUCCACAUGAGAUCUGGAACAGCACAGAUAUACUCGUCACAUUUCCGAACGGCAGACCACAGCGGGGUUCCUCUGUCAGGACCGAAGCAACCGGUACUCCAGCAUGAUAGCUACGGGAUGAAACCCAGCAUUUCAGUAACGGAGGAAUCUGGUAAUGCCUCGCAAGCCGCAACGGCUGUCAGCUUUGCACCUCUGGGUCGCUCAGCAUCCGAAAUUUCGACUUCUCAGUCGAACCAAGGGGGAAGAGUCAACUCACCACCGGACGAAGAAGACGACCUUGACGAAGAUGAUAUGCUUGACGGUGAUGAGAACUCCUCUCAAACUCCAGCAGAGAGGGCGGCUGCUCGGCGCAAGAUGAAGCGAUUCAGGCUCACCCAUCAACAAACCCGAUUCCUCAUGAGUGAGUUUGCCAAACAGCCUCACCCCGAUGCCGCACAUCGCGAGCGAUUGUCGAGGGAAAUCCCUGGUCUAAGCUCACGUCAGGUCCAGGUGUGGUUCCAGAACCGACGUGCCAAGAUCAAGCGCCUUAAUGUUGACGACCGCGAUCGUAUGAUCAAGAUGAGAGCAGUGCCCGAAGGCUUUGAUAAUGUCCAGGCGCUUCAUUCUCCCUAUGGCGCAGUUCACGGUAUGAGUUCUUCUAUGCCAUCACCAGGACAAUUCAAUACCCAGUCGUACGCCCAACAUAUGAUGAGACCUAUGAUCGUCGACGCUCGAAGGAAUGAUACACACGAGCAUUCUUCACCGACUGGCCUGGCCCCAGGAUUCGGUGGAAUGGCAUACAGCCCUGUUGGUAGCAUGGCCAGCUCUAGCUUGGCAUCACCACUUUCCCCAGCCCCAAAUGAUCGAUAUCAGUAUGGCGGUCAUUUCUCUACCUCUCUCGGAGGUAGCCCGAGAACUUCACACCCGUUUGGACAACAGCACGGGCUCGGCACCCCUAUUGAGAUCCAUCGUUCAAGUCCUCAUCCCAUUCCACCACCGUUGCUUCGCGAGUCUUUCUCCCGAGCCAGGUCAGAGUCAUCGCAGUCACCACUACGAUCAAACAUGGCAUGGAAAGGGGACGUCGUUGAAUACACAUACCGAGGGGCGAGCAGCACGAGCCCAAGCCUCUCCGACCGACAACCGCCCUUGUAUCAGCCAACGCCGAUAAAUCACCCUUCUGGAGGCGUCAGUGGCUAUGGUGUCACCUCCAUUUCCAACACCAGGACACCUCCAGGAAUCUAA